GCUUCAUAUCUUAAUUCUUGAACAUUAUUCAUAAUUCAUCAUCAUCAUCAUCUUUUCUUCAAGUAGCUUCAACACAAGUCUAUUGCCCAACUACUAUCUAUAGUUUAAGCAUACGUAUUUAUGUUUCUUCGGUUCAAUUGCACAAAACCGAAUUUGGUUCGGAUUCAAUUCUAUUAUUUCGGUAUUCCUACAGGUUAUUUCGGUUGGAUUCGGUUAUUCAUUCACACGGUGAGGAUAAUACUAUCCAGAUGAAGGAUAGGAAUGAUCUGAACGCCAAACAAAGACAAUUAGUGAUCAGCGAAUCGCCGCCUUUUUGAGUCGUCUUGCAGCAAAGUAGAUUCCGCGGCAAAUCACAGAACACCAAUCGGAAUAAUCACACAAGAACAAAACUUGUUAAUCAGGAGAAGACGACAGAGAGAGAGAAGGAGAGAGAUCUUCCAUGGCGGAUUCGGAAGCAGAUAAGCCACUGAGAAAAAUCUCAGCCGCUUUCAAAAAACUAGCAAUCAUCGUGAAUUCACCGAAUCCGGAAGUUCCUGUAACGCAAUUCUCUCACGCUUGCUCUCUGGUCUCGCCUCUCUUUGGUUGCCUUGGAAUAGCUUUUAAGUUUGCGGAAAUGGACUAUGUUGCCAAGGUUGAUGAUCUUGUGAGGGCGUCGAGUUCGAUAUCGACAUUAGUGGUAAUGAUGGACAAAGAUAUUGAGGCAGAUUGUGUAAGGAAAGCUGGUAGUCAUACGAGAAACCUUUUGAGGGUUAAGCGUGGUCUUGACAUGGUCAAAGUUCUCUUUGAACAGAUCAUAGCUUCCGAAGGAGAUAACUCCUUGAAGGAUCCAGCAACUAAGUCUUAUGCUCAAGUGUUUGCUCCCCACCAUGGAUGGGCUAUACGGAAAGCUGUUUCUCUUGGGAUGUAUGCUCUUCCCACAAGGGCUCACCUACUUAAUAUGCUCAAAGAGGAUGAGGCGGCGGCUAAGAUACAUAUGCAAAGCUAUGUCAAUUCAUCGGCACCAUUAAUCACGUAUCUUGAUAAUCUAUUCCUCUCCAAGCAACUCGGUAUUGAUUGGUGAAGAGCCUGAAAAAAAGGCAUAACUAUUGUUACUCUUUAGACAAAAUAACCUAUGUUCUCACAUCAAGCUAUGUAAUGUCAUAACAACAGCGACGAAAUACAUUGGAAUAAAUUGAGUAUGUCCUUAAUCUGUCGUUUUAUCUCUUCUUUUAAUAAACACAGUUUAUCUCAUAGUAAGCAGAAGAAGCUUUACACGGGUUGUAGGAACGUAUUAAACGGUUUGUUUCAAUUUCACUCUCUUUGGUUUUGAAAUUCUAGUAUAAACCAAAGUAGUUGGUGCUUCAAGUUGUGUUACUUAUUCAAC